AUGGUUUCUUGGGUUAGAGGAAAGUGCAUAGGCAAAGGCUCUUUUGGCACCGUCAACUUGGCUUUCGGCAAACAAACCGGUGCUGUUUUUGCCGUGAAGAGUGCCCGUGAAGCAAAUCAAGUUCAAGCGUUAGACAAUGAAAUCAAGAUUCUAAGCUCGUUGUCUUCUCCUUAUAUUGUUAAAUUCCUCGGAGACGACGUCUCGUUUGAGAAUUCGAGAGCUUGCCGGAAUAUUCACAUGGAGUACUUGCCAGGUGGCACCGUUGCUGAUCUGGCUUCAUCGACCCGUCGUUUUGCUGAUGUCGACGAGGAGACUGUUCGUUCAUUUACUUACUGUAUAGUUUCUGCUUUGAAGUACAUACACUCAAGAGGCAUUGUUCACUGUGAUGUUAAAGGCCGGAAUAUUCUAUUGGGUCACAAUUCAGUUUUCGUUAAACUAGCGGAUUUCGGGUCAGCGGUUGAGGCCUCGUGUGGGGAGCCCCUCUUGCCACGUGGAAGUCCGUUGUGGAUGGCACCGGAGGUGAUUAGACGCGAAUACCAGGGACCAGAAAGUGAUGUUUGGUCUUUGGGCUGCACAAUUAUCGAGAUGGUCACUGGAAGGCCAGCUUGGGAGGAUCGAGGGGUUGACUCACUGAAUCUAAUCGGGUUUUCAAACGAAUUGCCCGAGUUGCCGAGUCAGUUGUCUGUACUCGGUCAGGAUUUUUUGACGAAGUGUUUGAAGAGGGAUCCAAGUCAGCGGUGGAACUGUGAUCAGCUACUCCAGCAUCCGUUUUUAGCUUCUGUGAGUCCUAAUUUGUUGGCUAAUGAAUUGUCCCCACGUUGCGUGCUUGAUUGGUUUAAUUCAGAUUUCGAGGAAGAUAAUGACGUAAUGGAACCUGGGAUGAUGACUUCGAGUUUUGAAAAUAUUGAGGUUUCGGCUAGAAAUAGGAUUAGUAAAUUGGUGACAAGUGGAGGGGUAAAUUGGGAAACAGAAGAUGGCUGGCUGGAGGUGAGGAACUGCUGUGGGGAUCGUGAAAGAGGAGAGGAGGAGGAAUUGGGGACAAGUUCGGUAUAUUUUUCUGAUUCGGUGUGGAUAAGUGAGGAGGAGGGAAGGAUAGAAUGGGAAGUUUGUAAUUGCAGUGGCAGUGAAUUACACGUGGAUGGGUCUAAUGGGUCGAUCUCUUGCGCAAUUGGUUGGUGCGGUGAGAUAUGCAGAGGCAAGGAAGGGAGUGGUGGUUUGGGUUGUCAUUUCGGUUCACAAAAAGUGCAGUUAGCGGUGGAGGGGUGUGAGUUGUUGGUGUUGGUAGGGAUUUACUACAGAUUGCUGUGUAAUUUGCUGUUGUAUUUACUGCAAUUUAUGAGAAUGAUAAGAUAUAAUUUUAUUCUUUGUUAUGAACUUUUUAUUAUUGGGUUUAAUUUAUGCAUGAGAAUGGCAGUAUAUCCAGCUGUGUUUUCAGUCCAGUUAGGAAGUUAUUCUGGUAAUUUCCGGUGUAGAAAUACCAUUCUGACAUAA